CAAAAGCCUUAUAGAACUAUACCUAAAAAAUUAAAAGAUUAUGGAAGUAAACACGCUUUCAGAAUUCAUAGUGGUGAUAAUUAUGCUAUAGGAAAUACAGAAUCAGAGAACUCCAGACCUGAAGAUGAGCAUAACUUAGAUCUGAAAUCAGAGUCUACAUAA